GCGGGCGGGCUCCGGGUGUGCGCGGCAGUUAGGCUGGAGGGACGGGGGGCGGCGUUCGCCGGGGGAGCGCACAAGUGCAAGGAGGGAGGCGCGCGGGCUGGCGGACGGACGGCCUGGCUGUCAGUCGGGCAUUGUUCUGGCGAUCAUGGAUUUUCCUGGACACUUUGAACAAAUCUUUCAACAACUAAACUAUCAACGACUUCAUGGCCAACUUUGUGAUUGUGUCAUUGUGGUGGGGAAUAGACAUUUUAAAGCACAUCGUUCUGUGUUGGCAGCCUGCAGCACCCAUUUUCGAGCCCUUUUUACUGUAGCUGAGGGAGAUCAAACCAUGAACAUGAUCCAGCUGGAUAGUGAGGUGGUGACAGCAGAGGCUUUUGCUGCUUUGAUUGAUAUGAUGUAUACCUCCACUCUUAUGCUUGGGGAGAGUAAUGUUAUGGAUGUCUUGUUGGCAGCUUCUCAUCUGCAUUUGAACUCUGUUGUUAAGGCCUGUAAACAUUAUUUAACUACAAGGACGCUGCCUAUGUCUCCCCCCAGUGAUAGAGUUCAGGAACAAAAUGCACGAAUGCAGAGGUCUUUUAUGCUUCAGCAGCUGGGACUGAGUAUAGUGAGCUCUGCAUUAAUUAGCCAGAGUACAGAAGAACAACAGACUACCAUGAACUUAUCAAUGAGGAGUAACAUAGAACAGCGUACGACAUUUCCAAUAAGGCGCUUCCACAAGCGGAAACAGUCUUCGGAAGAUCGAGCCAGACAACGCAUCAGACCUUCUCUAGACGAGUCCAUGAUUUCAGAUACAACUCCAGAGAAUGGACAGGCAGUGGUUCAUUCUCGUGAGGAGUUUUUUUCACCAGAUUCUUUGAAAAUUGUGGACAAUUCUAAGUCAGAUUCAGUAACUGAUACCCAGGAAGACAAUGCUAUCAUGUUUGAUCAGUCAUUCAAUGGACAAGAAGAUGCCCAAAUGCCCAGUCAGUCUGACAACAGUGCCGGGAAUAUUUCUCAAAUGUCCAUGGCAUCUCAGGCAACUCAAGUGGAAACCAGCUUUGACCAGGAAGCUACUUCUGAGAAAAAUGGUUUUCAGUGUGAAAAUCCAGAGGUUAACCUUGGUGAGAAAGACCACAUGAGAGUAGUGGUUAAAUCUGAACCUUUGAGCUCCCCUGAACCUCAAGAUGAAGUGAGUGACGUUACCUCUCAAGCAGAAGGCAGUGAAUCUGUGGAAGUGGAAGGUGGGGUGGUCAGUGCCGAAAAGAUAGAGCUGAGUCCGGAAAGUAGUGAUCGUAGUUUUUCAGAUCCACAAUCCAGCACUGACAGAGUAGGGGACAUUCAUAUUUUGGAGGUUUCCAAUAAUCUGGAACACAAAUCCACUUUUAGUAUUUCAAAUUUUCUAAACAAGAGCAGAAGUAGCACCUUUAGUGCCAGUCAGAACAAUGAUGACAACAUUCCAAACACUACCAGUGACUGCAGAAUAGAUAAUGACACAUCUUAUAUAAUAAGUCCAGAGUCGGGGCCUACAGCUGGUCAUUCUUCUGCUACUGUCUCUCAUGUGGAGAAUCCUUUCAGUGAACCUGCAGAAUCACAUUUUGUUAGACCUAUGCAGGAAGUAAUGGGCCUUCCCUGUGUGCAAACUUCUGGUUAUCGAGCUGCGGAACAAUUUGGGAUAGAUUUUCCCAGAACCGGUUUGGGAAUACACUCUCUCUCCAGGACAAUGAUAGGUUCCUCUCGAGGGGGAGCCAGUAAUUUUCCAGGCUAUCGUCGUAUAGCUCCAAAAAUGCCAGUUGUGACCUCUGUUAGGAGCUCUCAAAUACAAGAUAACUCAGCUAAUUCCCAGUUGUUAAUGAAUGCACCUACUUCGUCCUUUGAAAAUGGGCAUCCUUCCCAGCCUGGUCCCCCUCAAUUGACCAGGGCAUCUGCUGAUGUUCUAUCAAAGUGUAAGAAGGCCUUAUCAGAGCACAAUGUCUUAGUUGUAGAGGGAGCUCGAAAAUAUGCCUGCAAAAUCUGCUGUAAGACAUUUUUGACCUUAACAGACUGUAAGAAGCACAUUCGUGUACACACAGGUGAGAAGCCCUAUGCCUGCUUAAAGUGCGGCAAGAGGUUCAGCCAGUCAAGCCACCUGUAUAAACAUUCCAAGACUACUUGCCUCAGGUGGCAGAGCAGCAAUCUACCUAGCACUUUGCUCUAAUCCUGUUCUUCCCUCUGAUCAAAAUGAAGUCAGUACCAAUUUCAAAAGAAUUUUUAACAGAACUAUUGGCAGAUACUUAACACUGUUUUGUUUUAGGUUUCAGGCUGAAUGGUGGCUGUUAUAAGUUGAGGAACUUGUGUAAUUAGACACAGGCACUUGUGCUAAUAGGUCUUUGAGGAAAAUUCAGAACUUGGAGGAAAAAGGGAUGCAAUCCCUGAAACCAGGUUUUUCCUUUGGGGUUGAGUUAACAGGGAGAAAGUUAGGAAUGAAAAACUAAAGUGCAAAUUUUUUUAAGGCAAUUUUUGUAAAAUUGUGUGAAGCAUUUAAAUAAAAUACCUGUACAUUUACGUUUGGUAUAUUAUGUGUCUGAACAAUGAUGCAAAGAGCUCUUAACUGUUACUAAUGGUGACUGUGUACCUGUAUGGGGGGAAAGCCCUUCAGGAUACCUCUGUCUGCCAUAAAAUGCUUUAAAGUAUAUUAUGAAAAUAGUUCUAGGGGUUCAGAAUGUACUGUAUUUUUUAUUUUAGGUUGUCGCAGUAAUAGGCACUGCGCUAUGAUGGUGCUGAAAUUGAGUCCAUAGCAAGCAUUCUUUUGGACAAUUAGAUGUAUAUACUUAUACAGCAAGAUCAUUUGGAUGUUUGAGCAAUUUUUCUUGUUUUACAACAAAAUUGUAUAUACAGUAUGUACUUGUAUUGAGUGAUAAGUGAAGUACUGUUUCUGUAUGUGCUGUUAGCAGUAUUUUAACCAACUUGUAUUUCAGAUGUUAAAAUUCCAUAUAUAUAUGUGUAUAGUAUAUAUAUGGGAAUUUAAGAAGAAUUAGUCUUUGUCUACUUCAUUCUAAUAACUUGUAAUUAUGUUUUGUGGAACUUUCUUUUUUUAUCAGAAGAUGACCUUUUUCAGAUGUUAACAAUCUAAUUCUAACCAUUGUGUAAGAAGACUCUUCCUUUCUUUUUUUUCCCCUUCCUUUUCAGGCUUUGAGUUUCCAUAUGUGAACUUUUCCAAACGUAAUAUUAUUUUUUAGUUAUGCUCAAAAGUCAAUUUAGUUUUUGUGGGAAAGGAUACAUAAUUUGAGAAAAGAGCCAAAACUUUUGUUUAAUUUUCCUUCAAAACCUCCCCAUCUCCAGAGGGCCAGGAAGAUGUUUAAAAAAGAUAUUUCCAAUUUAGGUACAACCGUGUUUUAUAAUUCACUAUUUCCCAAAACUUUGUUUUAUAAUUCAAUAUUUCUCAAACUCUAAAUAAAGGUUAGGCAUCUUCUGGCAUAGCAACCAUUGAGUGGCAUGUAAGACCAUGGCAUUCUGUCAUUCACCAAUCUCACUGAUUGCUUUUUUUCCUUUAUCCAUACUUGCCUGCCUGGCUUCCUUUCUCUUAUUUUCCCUUGUUCUGUGCCUGUGCCUCAGGGCUACUUGUGGAGCCAUGGGUAUUGCUCAGCCCUAGUGAUAACAUUCAGAGCCAAAAAAACACCACCUCUAGAGGAUCACAGUGAUCUUAACUUUAGGGUUUCUUUCUUUUAUUCCCUAGAGGUAUUUAUUGCAUUAGUACUUUUUCAGGCAAUGUAUAGACAGGUGAGUUCAGCAUACCAGGUUUUUUGAAUAAGUUAAAUUGUGUAUAAUUCAGGCAAAUACUUCAGAAUCAUUGUGUUCGGAAUAGAGUGAAUUGAUUUAAGGGAACCCUGAAACAAAAUUGGUCUGAAUCUGAUGUGUGUAGUAAACUUCUGUGCAAUUUAAUGCACCUGAAGAUACCCUGGUUCUACUUAGAAUGGAUAUUGACCUCUCCUAAAUAAGAGCUUUGAAUUCCAUGAAGUAAAGGCAAAAAUAAAACCUGUCUUUGUGUUAAACUUACAACAGUUGUUAGUCUGAGAGGGAUAAGCUGCCAUACUGAGAAAAAUGUGAACAUUUCUUUCUGUGAAUGGCUAUUAAAAAAUGCAGCUAAUUAGGUCUGCAUUUAAUUUUUGACUAAAUUUCCUUUGUAAGUAGGAUUAAAAUUUAAUGAAUAAAACAUUUCCAGAGAUGGCAGACACACUAUGACAUAUCAUCAGGGUAAUUAUUCUCAAUUGUAUCUUUUGAGGAGGACAUGGAUUUAUAUUAGAGAUUCACUCUUUUAAGUCUGUUAGUUAUCUUAAUGAACAUUUUUGGAACUGUUAGAAAUGUUAGAGGGUUUUCCAUUUGGAUUUUUAAAUGGCAUAAGGAAAUUAUUCUGAUUGGUUGGCCUUAAUUACAGGUUAGCAUAAAGAAGCAAAAUGUUGCACGUUCAUUGAAUCCUUUUACACCCAGUGAUAAACUGGUCAAAAUACAGUAUUUUCAAAUCAAAUUAACUUGUCAUAUGUAGGCAGCAUGGCACAGUGGAUAGAAUGCUAGUCUUGGUUUAAAUCCCAUUUCUGAUACUUAUCAGUUAUGUGAUCAUGGGCAUCACUUUUCUUGGCAGCUCCCUAAGGAUUAUUUAUUAAGUUAGAGACGUGAUCUAAUUUGGUAGAGGGAGUUCCUAACUCAAAAUCAGACCUUUAGAUAAAUUGUAGCAUUUUUAUUUGCUGAAGAGUUUUGAAUUUUGUAGCCAAAGCACUAAAGGAUAAAUGGUAUUACAUAUUUCUUUACUCGACUAGUCUAGUGAUAUUUACUAAGCUAGCCCUAAACUGUUUCAAACCAGUAGUAAUAAUAUUUUUCAGUUGUUUUUCUCAACAAUUCCUUUGUUUUAGGCUCUGACUCUUUGUUCAUCUAGAUGUAUGCCCAAGUUUCUUAACUUUAUUUUUGAAGGUCCUGCUUGCUGAGUCACAUGCUUUAUUCCAUUGUCUUUUUACUGUACCUGGCUUCAGAGUUUUGAAAAAUCCAUAUGCCACUUUGGCUUUGUGAUGGGGGAGUGAAGUAUGGGCUUGGGUGCUUUCAUAAGAUUCUUAAAAACAUAUAGUUUUCUGCUGAUUGGCCAAUCUAGAUAAUAAUUAAUGUACAGUGAGUAUGCCAUUGAAAUGGCUAUAGAGUGGAAGUGGGUUCUUGGGAGGAGAAAAACCAAUGAAAAAUUUGAAUAAUGAGAGAAGAGAUUGGACAGAAAGAACCAAGACACUGUGUUUAAGCUUUGGUGCUGUUACUAAUUUUAAAAUAAAUUUUUCAAACAA